AUGACUCAAGACAUGGAACAAUACGACGUCGCCGUCGUUGGACUCGGCGUCCUCGGAAGUGGUGCAGCCUACUACGCCGCCCAGAAGGGCGCGAAAGUGAUUGGAUUCGAGCAAUUCGAGCUCGGUCACGUUCGCGGAGCUUCCCAUGACACGUCACGCAUUGUUCGGACAUCAAAUUUUGCACCUGAAUACGUCGCUCUCGCCAAAUCAGCCUACAAAGACUGGGCCGAACUCGAAAAUGUGAGCGGGUACAACAUGUUAACGACGACCGGCGGCGUGGUUUUCUUUGCACCAGAAUCACCUGUCCCAGCGAGUGACUUCACAAAGAGCCUCGCUGCCCAGAAUGUGCCUUACGAAACACUUGAUGCGCAAGAGGUGAAGAAGCGUUGGCCUCAGUUCGACAUCCCCGAUAAUGUCAUAACAGUGUAUACGCCCGACUCAGGGAUCGCUCAUGCCAAUAAGACUGUUAGCACUUUACAAUCGCUGGCACGAUCGCAUGGUGCCGUUUUGAAAGACAAUACGCCUGUUCAGCGUGUCACGCCUCAGAAAUCUGGUGGUGUUGUGAUUGAGACACCCAAGGGACGAUUCCAGGCGAAGAAGGUGAUUCUCGCUACAGAUGCGUGGAUCAACAAGCUUCUUGCGCCUCUUUCAGUGCAUAUCCCAGUCUCUGUUAUGCAAGAGCAAGUAACUUAUUAUAAGCCCACCAAUCCAUCUGCCUAUGAGACAGACAAACUUCCCGUGUGGAUCUGGCAGGGAACUCAUUGUUUCUAUGGAUUCCCCAGCUAUGGCGAGCCAACCAUUAAAGCGGGUCGCGAUUAUUCCAACAACUUCAUGAGUCCUGAGGAGCGUACGUUCGUUCACUCGCCACAGUUGCUUGAGCAGCUCACAUCUUUCAUGGAUGGUUUCAUGCCAGAUAAGGAGCGCACUCCGCUUCGCACGAUCACUUGCCAGUAUACGAUUACUCCCGACCGGCAGUUCAUCAUCAGUCCGCUCGACAGUGCUCCUGAUAUCAUUAUUGGUCUUGGUGCGGCUCAUGCUUUCAAGUUUGCGCCUGCCUUUGGGCGUGUCUUGGCAGAGUUGGCGGUCGAUGGUCGGACCGAUGAGGAUAUUUCGAAAUGGGGGAUCCCCAAGGUUGCAACAAUGAACAGCAAGCUUUGA